UCGGCCCCGCAGCAGCCGCGGGCCGCAGAGCGCGCCGGCUCAGCGCAGUCUCCUCGCCCUGGAGCCCGCAGGUGCCUCCUCCUGGACGGCGGCAGAGGCGGCGCGAGGAGCCGGCGGGCGGCAGCGCGAUGGGACCCCUUCGGGAGACCAAGAAGGAGCAGAGAGUGCAGCAUCAUGAGAAGGAGAUUUCCCGAAGCCGGAUCCCCCGUUUGAUUCUUCGGCCCCAUCUGCCUCGGCAACAGCACCAAGUGUCCCCAGCCUCUGAGUCUCCCUUCUCGGAGGAAGAGAGCAGAGAGUUCAACCCCAGCGGCUCUGGGCGCUCAGCGAGGACCAUUAGCAGCAACAGCUUCUGCUCAGAUGACACAGGCUGUCCUAGUAGUCAGUCAGUAUCUCCCGUGAAAACGCCCUCGGAUGCUGGCAGCAGCCCUGUUGGCUUUUGCCCUGGAAGUGAUGAAGACUUUACCAGAAAGAAAUGCACAGUUGGAAUGGUUGGUGAGGGAAGCAUCCAGUCAGCUCGACAUAAGAAGGAACCAAAGUCAGGCCUUGUAAAGCCAGCACACAGGGUCCGGUGUGUAUCGAGGGCACAAUCAACAUUGGUUGACCUCAACAGCAAAGGUAGCGAAGCCGAUUUUAGCUCCUCGAGCAGCACGGGCAGCAUCUCGGCUCCUGAGGUCCACAUGUCUGCUGCGGGAAGCAAGCGGUCCUCUUUCUCACGCAAUCGAGGUCCCCACGGGCGGAGCAAUGGAGCUUCAUCGUACAAGUCUGGCAACAGCCCACCCUCCCCACGGGAGAAGGACCUUCUGUCCAUGCUGUGCAGGAAUCAGCUGAGUCCCGUUAACAUCCAUCCCAGUUAUGCGCCUUCUUCACCCAGUAGCAGCAACUCCGGCUCCUACAAGGGAAGUGACUGCAGCCCCGUCAUGAGGCGAUCUGGAAGGUACAUGUCCUGUGGUGAAAAUCAUGGUGUCAAACCCCCAAAUCCAGAGCAGUACUUGACUCCUCUGCAGCAGAAAGAGGUUACAGUGAGACACCUGAAGACCAGGCUCAAGGAGUCUGAGCGCCGACUGCAUGAGAGGGAGAGUGAGAUCGUGGAGCUGAAGUCCCAGCUGGCCCGAAUGCGGGAGGACUGGAUUGAGGAAGAGUGCCACCGGGUGGAGGCCCAGCUGGCCCUCAAGGAAGCCAGGAAGGAGAUUCAGCAGCUCAAACAGGUCAUCGAAACGAUGAGGUGCAGCUUGGCCGAUAAGGACAAAGGCAUUCAGAAAUAUUUUGUGGACAUAAACAUUCAAAACAAGAAGCUGGAGUCUCUACUUCAGAGCAUGGAGAUGGCGCACAAUGGCUCUCUGAGGGACGAGCUGUGUCUCGACUUUCCGUGUGAUUCCCCGGAGAAGGGCUUAGCCCUCAGCGCGGCUUUCGGCCCGACGGCCGAUGCGCUGACCCCGGAGGAGCCGGCCAUGGAGGCGGGGGCCAGCAGCGAGCUGCUGGGGGAACACAGCACGGGCCACGGCACAGAUGUGUUCGAUGAGCUGGUGACAGCCACCACCGUGGAGGCCGGCGACCUGGAGCUGCUUCGUGCCAGCCCUGGAGCAAAGGCCCUCGAGUUGGAGGGUCAGGAAGAGGGCAGCGCGGUGGCGGAGCAGGCCGUGCAGACCGACGUGGUGCCCUACAGCCCUGCCGUCUCCGAGCUCAUCCGGCACGUGCUCAAGCUCCAGGACCCCUGUCCCUCCAGCUCCACGUCCCCUGAGGAUGAGUCCGGGGCCGACUCGAUGGAAAGCUUCCUGGAGUCCAUCUCUGCCAUCGUGGUCGAUUUAACUCCAAGGAAUCCAAACUCUGCCAUCCUUUUGUCUCCCGUGGAGACCCCGUCCGCCGAGGUGGGUCCGGAGGCACGUGGGAACCGCCUCAUGAGAGAGCUGGAUUUUGCAGGCUCCGCGGAGGAAAGGCUGGAUGGCCUGGUCCCGCUGUCCGGCGGGGGCGUCGUGGGGCGGUACUGGAGCAGCAGUUUCCUGGUGGAUCUCCUGGCCGUGGCGGCCCCCGUGGUCCCCACCGUGCUGUGGGCGUUCAGUACUCAGAGGGGGGGAACGGAUCCCAUCUACAACAUCGGGGCCUUGCUGCGGGGCUGCUGCAUGGUGGCCCUGCACUCGCUCCGCCGCACCACCUGUCAUAUCAAACCCUAAAGAGAAGAUGUCACUUCCGUGUGCCAGUCUGUCCCGUGUGGCCUGCUGCCAGGUGGAGAAGCAGCGGAUCGACCUGUGGCGGACUCUGUUCUGUCGUUUUUGCUCCUCGGUGUUUGAUUUGCACUAUACUUAGUUGAAGCCUGUUCACUGUUUAAAACGGGAGGUAUCUUCGAAGGCAUGGAGACCUGGUUCCAGUACAUGUCCCACCAGUGUGAUACAGAAAGCGUGCUCAUGAUCCUGCCGUGUCGUCUGAGGUACCUGUACUUAUCCUAGUGGUUCAGGUAGAGAAAAUGCAAAGUUUGCACUUUCAAGACAGCUUCUAUAAGGCUGGCAUGUUAUCUCCUUGCUUUGCUUUUUGCCGUUUUAAAUUGUGUAAUUGUUACAGCAUUCCAGUGGUCUUGUGCAUAGCAGGGGACCGUAACCAAAAAGAAAAAUGUAUUUGUGUCGUUGGUUUGAAGAAGCCUUGAUAGCUCUUUAGUGUCUUACUUGGGGUUGAUAAGGUUUGAGUGUUUGCAGUUUUC